GUAACGUCCAAUAACGUUCGGGUCGGGUCCUUCAACCAGGGUAAGAAAUAAGAACGAUUUCUGGGACUCAAGUUCAAAUGUUUUUUUACUGUAACAAACAAAGAACUAACCACAGAACCGCAGAAACUGAAACUGCUCGAUUGAAUCACAAAAAGGCGAAAAUUUUACAGACCGCCAUGAUUACAAACCUCUCAAAAUUCCAUUUUUAGCACGCCAAUUUCAGUUCAUUUCUCAUCUUAAAGUAUAUCCUCAAAAUCCCUCCUUCAUAAAAGCAAAAGCUGCAGAAAAUUCUCAGCACGAAAAGACACACACACUCAGACACAAAGUCACAUUCUUUAUUAAUCAAGUCUCAUCUCAGUACUCUUCAAUUCAUUCGAAAAUUCGACUUUUGUUUUGUACCCUUUCCUUUAGUGAUCGCUUUCUCAUCAUUCUGUCAGCAGAAAGAAAAAAAAGGAUUAAAGAUUCUUCUGAGCAUUCCUCUGUUUUAUUGUGUGUUUUGACUCACUUUUCUAUUUCUUUGGUUGUUUUUUUUUCCCCACUUCAUACUGGAAUAUCCCAAUUCAAUCACGGCCCUUUUUUUCCUUUUCCCUCCCAAAAUUCAUACCACGAAAUUCUUCCUUUUUUCACUAUUUGACCGGAACCCAACUUUUGUUUUCCUUCUUUGAUCGGUUAUUGUAAUUGUCCUUUUGCAAUUUGGUUGUUUAUACCCUUUUUAAAGGCAUAAAGGGUUGAAUUUUACAUCAUAGUGAGCCCGAUUCAAAUAUCACUCUUCUUUGCAUUUUUCUUGUUUGGGAACGGUGUAUGAUUUUAUCGAAUGAAAGGAGCGGAGGUGAUUAAUAGCAAGGGAUGUUCAAGGCUAUUUGCAGAAAUUCCAACAUCCACGCCUUCGUUUAGAGGCGGACGUGAAUUCCAAUCCUGUGCAGUGGAGUCAAUGUCUCAUGUAUCAAUAGUCUCCGGAGCUGGUGAACUGGCUUCCAAGAACAAAUCCCGCGGACCCUUUGCUGGCCUUGUUAUCUGUGUUACAGGGCUCUCUAAAGAAGCAAGGAAGCAAGUGAUGGCUGCAACUGAUAGAUUGGGUGGUGAAUAUAGUCCACAUCUGCAUCCGCAGUGUACUCAUUUGGUUGUACAGAGCCUUCGUGGACGCAAGUUUGAGCAUGCUUCGAAACAUGGACAAAAAAAUGGCCUUUUUGUUGUCACGCUUGGAUGGUUUGUGGACAGUGUCAGAAGAAAUGUGAGGUUGAGUGAAUCUCUGUAUAGCGUUAAGACUUGUGGAGAAGGUGGUGUGGCAGUAGAUGAUCUCAACAGGCUUGUUUAUAGUCCUGGCACUGAAAAGUCUUGCCUGCCUUUUAGUUCACUUGAAUGCACCGAUAAAUAUGACAUUACUCAAGGACCUAAGCUUCACUUUCCUGAAGGAGAGUCUAAAAGAAGAAGCAUGAGUUUGCCACUAUCUGGUUAUUCCUUUUACAUUGAUGAAGACGUGUCUCCAGAGCUACAGGCUAAGGUUGUUGAGGCUGCAGAACCAGAAGGCGCUACAUUUUUGGAUCAGUGGUUUGUAGGUUGUGGUGCUAGUCAUGUCGUUUGUGAAGGACCUUCAGUAAGAAAAUAUCUUGGUCAUUCGAAUAAUGUUGUUACACCCCUAUGGGUGUUGAAGACGGCAAGAGAAAAACGUCUGCAGAGGCUUGUUCACAUAUCCGCCGACUUGGCCAGACAGACAGCAAUUACAAUUGAUGUAAUUCAAACUGACACUACUAAAGAGGAAGAUGGUGGGGCCAUACAUCAUCAUGGUUCUGCCUGUUCAAUGCUUAAUGCAAGCCAUGAAGAAAGGCAGAAGAUAGCAAACGAGGCCAAAGAUCGGGUUAGGAAGCGCCGGAAUUAUCGGAUGCAGACAUGCCAAACUCCCAUUCGUCCAAUUACCCCUAACAGCCUUCUGGAUUCUGUCUGCUGGUCAAUAUCGGAGCCUACUUCAUCUGCUACCAUCUACACUGAGUCAUCAAGUGUGGAGGAUGCAAACGGUCAAGAUACAUCAUUUUUCUUUGAUGCAAAGUCAGAUGGCAAGGAAUCAGAAGCUUCCUUUGUCAACUUGUCUCGGCCACUCACAGAAAGUGAGAAGUCAGAGUUGAUAUUCAAGAACCACUUCCUUACAAUAUUGUUUCCGGUUGAUCGAUUUUCUGAGAUGGGCCCCUGCUCGAGGACAUUUUUUAGCAAUAAAGGCUUCACAUGUUUGCAGGUUUUGGACUAUAUUUAUGAAUUUUACCAGGAAAAUUUGUCUGCUGCAGAAAUAGAUGUCGCCAUUCACACUGAUUCGAGGCACGCUGAUCGGCUGCGAUCAGUAUUCUCCAGCAAAGAGACUGCAGAACAUGGCCAUUUAAAGUUUAAGCGAGUUGAUUUUCUAGGGAGUCGUAAAAGCUUCGAGAUGUUGAAGCGUGUGUCUGGUGACAAUAAUAGCAAUGUCUAUGAGUUAUUGAUCAGAGCGUAAGAUCCUUCUGCACUCUGCAUUGAUUGAAUACGGAGCAGCUUUAAAACUUGACUUUGAAUCCUUAAUAGAGUCUGUUGUUUUGUGUUGAUUUGGACGAUAAGUCCUGUAAGAUUUUGUAAGUAGAAUUGCAUGUACGUACGAGCUUGUAAAGAAAUUCACAAAUCUUCUCAGAAGUAAGAAUUGUACUUUUCAGGUUGAGUUUGUUAGUAAAUUAUGAAUCUCGUCAGAGAUUUCUUAAAAAAAAACAAAAUGAAUCUCGUCAGAGAUUAGAAUUGAACCUCGACCCAAUAAUGUACUGCCUUUGUCUUAAAAUUAUUAUCUAGUUUGAGUUUUCAUUUAUUUUUAGUACAAUUUGAACUAAAAUUGAAAAUCUAAACUGGACAAUAACUGUACUAAUAAUAAACUGGACAAUAAUUUUGGGACGGAGGGAAUAUUUGUUUUUAAAACUUAGAAAGUUAGACAGGGUUGGUUGCUCUUUUCUUUAUACCCUUUCCAUUGCUACGGUAUUGAAGGAAACACAUUGGAGUUGGACAAUAUAUUUUACAUCCAGCUUAAAAGUUCAAGAGGUUCUUUUUGCAGAAGUCAACCUGUACUCAGUAGGACUCGCUGAAAAAACAAUCCAAAUCCAAAUCCAAAACCGAAACGGAAGAUAACUAAAGCCAAUUACUACUACUCGAAUUAACUUUACUUUUUAUGUAAUCUUCUAACUAGAAAGAUGAUACGGAAGAUCCAAGAUUGCGGAUUCUCUCAGCAACUAACGUUUUUUGAAAGCGCUGCAAAAUUUGCGCAAGGUGCAAGCUCGAAUUUUGACUGGUUUGAGGCAAAUGUCGCACCUUCCGAUCCUUCAAUUCGAAGAGAAAAUUGUAGAACUGGUUGAUCAGAAUCCAGUUGCGGAGAAACUGGUUCCGGUAAAAGUACACAACUUUCACAACUUCUUCGCCGGAAUCAUUGCCGUCACUCAUCCCCGACGGGGCUCUGUCGCUCACCGAGUUGCGCAGGAGCUUGGUGUUCAACUAGGGGAGGAAGUAGGUUAUGCCAUACGCUUUGAAGAUAGAACUUCAGCUAGGACACAUAUCAAAUACCUUACCGACGGAGUUCUUCUUCGUGAAAGCCUGCCCGAUCCAGAGUUGAGUCAAUACUCGGUAAUAAUCUUGGAUGAAGCUCAUGAGAGGAGCUUGAAUAAGGAUAUAUUGCUCGGAUUGAUGAAACGCUUGAUCAGAUUACGCGCCUCGAAUUUAAAGGUUUUGAUCACACCUGCUACGCUUGAUGGUGACAAAGUCUCGGGAUUCUUCUCCGGUUGUCCUGUCCUAAAUAUUCUUGGAAAGUAAUUAAAAUUCUGCACAGUUUAGAGCCCUCGAAAGAUUACGUUAAUGCUUGUCUACAAAAGGCUAUCGAUAUAGGCGAUGUUCUUAUCUUCAUGACUGGACAGGAUAAUAUCGAAAAUAUUAUGUGAAAAAUUUGGAAAAGAGAAUUCGAAACCUUGAAAAAGGAUCUUUCUUAGACGCAGUCGUUCAUCCCUCUUCAUGGGUCUUUGCCACUCGAAUUACAGGGUUGUGUCUUCUGUCCUCUGCCUCCAAAUUGUCCAAGAUUUAUAGUAGCCACAAACAUAGCAGAAACUUCGUUGACUAUUGAGGCGUGGUGUACGUCAUUGACUCUAGUUACGUGAAGCAACGUCAUUCCAACCCCGCUACAGGAAUGUAUUCUCUUGACGUUGUGCAGAUAAGCAAGGUGCAGGCCAAUCAACGCGCUGGGCGAGCUGGGAGAACGCG